CAUCGGACGACAAAGGUUACCAACGUUAACAUUUUGUUCGUCAUAGAGGACGCCGAUGUCGCUCUCAACUUGUUUUCAUCGUGGCGUUCUCCUCGUUAUUGUUCGUUACUCUUCUCGUAUCGUCGUAUUCAAACUGCUACUGUGAUUAUUGUUACAAUGCUCAUCUCAUUAUUAUAUUUUCAUUAAAUGUGUUAUUAAUCGUUAUACACUUUCAUUAUUAGUUUUGAUAUAAUGGCGUCACCGGCUCCGCCAUUAUAGUUUAGAUUUUAGACAAUCGGUAAGAUUAAACGUUGUAAGUAGCUCUACAGAAAGAAACAAACACGAAAUCUCUCGAUUAGUUUCUUACGAAAAUCGUUUCCAGUUUCCAAAGUUUCUGAACAAACUGUGUUCGCGUUGUUUGGAAGAGCAAGGCAACAACGAUAGCAAAGUUUUCUACACUUGUGAGAAACUGCUUACUGCAUCACCAAAAUGCCAAAAACCCGGUUAGUUACACGUUCGGCGUCGAACAGUCGUCCAUCUCAUAUGACGUUAAAUCUGGAGUGUACAGAGGAGCCACUUAGCGAAGCCCAAUUAACGUUACGAUUAGAGUUGAAGGAAAAUUAUGACAGAGUAGCUGCUACUUUAGAAGAAUUGGUUAAAGAUCAUGGAGGUAAAUUGGUAUGCCAAGCUGGCAAUGUCAACGGUUAUCAAUAUACAUUGCCUCCAACUCCUGCACAAGCAGUGGUUAAAAAUAAUCCUCAACCCAUUGUAAACAUAAAUCAAAGUAAAAGUCAACCUAUUAAGCUCAAUGUAUUAAAUAACUCGAAUGGCUCUCAAGGCAACAUACAGUUGGUUGUGGAUUCACGAAUGGGAGUCAUUUUAGGAUCUGUAUCUCAGCCUCAAGGAACCACUAUAACAACUGUUCCAUCAAGCUCAGUAUCUACGCCAAUGGUAACACCAGGAUCAACAUCGGUAUCUACAGUAACAGCCAUGUCUACCGUUACCCAUUCCCAAACGGAAAAUUAUAAAUAUACUCGAUCUGGACGCAGAACAAAGGUUCUUCAAGUGCAACAACCUGACGUUAUAGAGGAACCAGCCCUGAUUGCUCGUGGAAGACAAAAAUUAGGAUGUUCAACACAUGUUGUCACACCAACGUACGCUCAUUUUUCAGCUACUACAAGUCCCCAAGGUGUUACUAAUCUUAGGAUAAAAUCUGUGAACAAACAACAAAUUGCAUCAGCAGUGACGUCAACGUCGACGACUGUGAGCACGAGUACAGAAUCAUCUAGCAGACUAACUAUCACAAAACCAACUGAACACACAAGCAUCGGUGGAAUAGCGGUUGGAAGUAAAAGUUCAGCUUGCGAUCAAGUCGAUGAAUCGAAGAAGAAUCAUCCUGACGGUAGAGAAGUGACUUUUAACAAAAUGAACGGAGGUAGAACAUUUCCUUCUUUGGUUGUUAUAGCUAGACCGAGCCUUCGCACGAAGGAUAUCGCGCCACAGAUAGCCCAAAAGGAAAGAUCGGAGUUAGAUAUGAAAGUAAAGAGUGUACUCAUGUUUUCGGCCACAAAGUUCGCCGAAUGGUUGAUACAGCAAGGAUUAGUGAAAUCUGAACAAUAUUGUGCUCAACACAGCAAUAGUUAUCAAAAAACUAAAUUAAAAUUGGGAAUGUACAGCGAUCAAGGUACAUUUCCAUAUUCAGGAGGAUACGUGUGGAUUUCAAGCUGUUGUCCGGAUCGUUUCGUUUCUGUCUUUUCCGGUUCGAUAUUUCAAGGGGCAACUUACACGCCCACUGUUCUGUUAAAAUUAAUUUAUCAUUGGGCGUGUCAGACGAAUGUUCAGAACGUUAUUUCUUGGGUGAAAGUGUCAAAUGUAUACGUGAAAAAUUUUUAUACGCAUUUACGUAGUGUUUGCACAGCAGCAAUUUCGGAUAAAGCUCGGAAAAUGGGGGGUAAGAAUUCAGUAAUACAAGUUGGAGUAAUUAGUUUAGGUACAACGUCGCAAGAUGGAAACCUACGGCAAGUUAAGGUCGAGGUGCUCGGCGUAUUGGACUAUACCACCCUCGAUUUAAGAUUAAGAGCAUGCGAUCCGGUGCAAGACGGCGAUCGAUCGUAUAAACAACGAUUCAAUAACAUUUUACAUCCGUUGAAAGAAUGGGUACAUACAGAUUCGAAAAUUAUGACCGAUUUCACCGUUGACAGAAACACGCUCGAAGAAAUGGGUUUUUAUCACGUUACGCAAUCAGCAUUUUCCGACCAAACUUCCCGAAAUUUUAUGAGCAACUAUCAUAUAAUGGAAUAUUUAAGAAAAAUUGUUCCUCGAAUGUUCCAAAAUACCCUCAGUUUACUCAACAGACAAAUGAUACAACAGUUCCUGGACGAACUGGUGUGGAGAGAAAUAUACGGCUCGACCGCUGCCCGAGCAUUCGACAACAUAAUAGCACAUAUUGCCGAGCAAACAAAGAUCGAUUCAAACGAAUGCCUUUUAGAUCGUUUGACCAAGAUAGCUGCCAAUCCUUUUCAUAAUUGGUCCUAUUCAAACGCGAAUUUACCACCGUUAACGCCUCUUGUUACGAUCAACAAAGAUGAAACGCAAUCAAACAACGAAGUUUUCAUCCAAGCUAGCGGUAACGCGAAACAGCAACAGCAACAGCAACAGCAACAGCAACAGCAACAACAACAGCAACAGGAGGUGUCGUCAUUUCCUACGGCAAUAAGAUCAUACGUUGGUCCAAAAAGAGGACGAAAGAGAAAUAUUGGGGCAACAACUGUCAGACCGGAACCCGAAACGAAGAAACAGCCGGUCUUUGAUUCGAAAGUUGCUAGAGAUAAAGAAAACGACAAGGAAAUAGAAAGUAAAAAUGAUCAGAUACAGUUGCAAGAAUUUUAUUAUGCCACCAUGGAGGGUGAUAAGACUAUUUUGUUAAAUGAGCACAAAUAUUCAUUGUACUUCAAGUGUUUCCUAUGCGCGUCAACGAUGCGUUCCAACACAGAUGUGAUCGAACAUACGAUUGGUCACGUACCGCCCCAAGUUCCCGGUCAAUCCGAUUCCCCUGUCUGUCGAUAUUGUUGUACAGCAUUUUCCUCUCAACAUCAAAUGAUUACACACGUGACGGAAGCGCACAGUAAUUUCGGUCAUUCAGACAGCGAUAUGGUUGUUUGCGCCAUUUGCGAACAAAAGUUCGGCAAUAGUGGCCUCCUUAUCAGUCAUUUGUCGUCGAUGCAUUAUCCCUCGGAGAUGCCGUAUCGAUGCGAGAGUUGUGGUUACCGUACUUCCAGUCAUAAAGAUGCGAUCGAUCAUUUUUAUCGAGUUCACGAAAAGGGCCAAGAUUUACAAUGUCCUUAUUGCUUGAAGGUAAUACGGUUCGUAAACGAAGGCAAUCCGAGUGUUACCAGCGUUUACGCGUUUCUCUUGCAUAUGCAGAGGCAUGUUAUUCGAAGGGAACAAGGACGAGGAAACAAAUGUUCGAGAUGUUGUCUCUGGUUCAAUCAGAAGAGUUGCUUGAAAAUUCAUCAAAGAGAAUUACACGAUUGCGUCUCUGGUUCGAAAGUAAUACCGUAUUCGUGCAGUAACAACGGUAUAAUGAUAUCGAAACAACGACCGCAGAAUAGACGGUUCGAUAUCGAAAGUCCUCUUACCGAGGACUUACCAUACGACGAAAAAAUUAAAAAAUGGAUCACCGGUCCGAUAACGGUGAACGUUCCGGUCGAAAAUCUCUCCUGUCAAGAAUGCGAGGAGGACAUCGACGAACAAGACCAUUACCCAGGUGAACAGAGAUGUCAACAAUGUCGUUACAUAACUUGUUGUUGGCGAGCGUUCAAAGAACAUCAGCAACAAAUUCAUAACGAACGACCGAUGACCAGUUUGGUAGUUCCCUCUCCGCUCGUUAAUAUCCCCUUAGACAGAAAGAUGCAAUGUUCGUGUGGUUAUACGACAACUGAUGGAAACCAGUUAGCUACGCAUUUGAUUAAAUGCGGAAAAGUAUCUGCUUAUCCGCUAGAGGAUACGGUACCACCUGGCAUGUUGAACAGUUUAGGUUUAGUUCCAAGAAACAAUUCGGACGAACUAGAUCUGGAUGGUGGUAGUAAUAAAAGGACUAAUUCACAUUAACACAGCGAAUCUCGUUGAUCGUUAAUUUAUACCGAAGUCGUCAAAUUAGAGUGAAUUAAAUUUGAGAGAAAAAAAUACAAAAAAUAAAAUAAAACAAUAUUCGUCUCUACCUUAUAAAAAACACAAAAUCUAGGCCAGGCAUCGAACACGGUGUACUGAUAUCUAUAAUCACACAUACAAAAAGCCAAUAAUAUCAGAGAAGGAAUUAUUGAAUAAUAGAAUUCAAAUUGGUUCUUUGUAUCGUGAUGCAUCAGUGCAAUUUGUUCUUCCUUCUCGUUGUAAAAUAUCGUAAGCUCUUAUUCAAUGAAUUGCGAUUCUAGCCCUGAUAAAAAUAUUUUUCUGCAUAUCGGUUUAAUAUCGAAAAUCGAUAUCUCGUAUUAAGUGGACAACAAUGAAAAUCAUAUAAAUGAGUCGUUCAUAAAUUUUCUACAAAAUAUACGGUUAUGCAAUGUGCAUCAUUUGAACCCGUUAUUACCAACGAUUUAUAAAACAUUAUUCAUUGGACAUCCGUCGAAAAACAUAUUCAAGUAUGUUUUAUAUUACUCGUUGAGUUGUAUCUUCAUACGAACUAACAAUAAACCGUUACACGAACAAAAUACGUCGCUCGAAAAUUACAUACGUACAUCUUCGAUUGAUUGAUGUAUGUAUGUACAUACAUAUACGCGAAGAAACGUUCCUUUUUCUCAGACUUCCAUGCACAAGAUAUAGAGUACAAAACUCUAUUUUUUUUUUUUUUUAACUUUUAUUUA